AUGGAAAUUGUUGAUAAUCACUAUAAUAAAUUGCAUACACUUGAAUCUAGAAAUUUAUCCCUAAACAAAUCUUUAACAAUUAAGAAACAGAUAUUAAACGACAUUGUCAAAGACUUUAACGAAAAAAAAGGAGCCUGGCUUAAACAAAAAGGAGAAGUCAAAGACGUUUCAAAGCAUUUAUUUCACAUUAUAGAGCAAAAGGACGAAGUUUUAAAUGAUACCUUUACAUUAACUGAAGAAGUAUUAAAUUUACUAGGACGAAAAGAAAUAUUUCAUUAUAAAGAUAAAGUCUCUGACUUUAACGUUGAAGUAGAACAAAGAUUGGGGUCUGUUUGUUGGAAUAAGAUAAUGUCUAUUUUUAAUAGAAAAUUAAAUACAGAACAGGUCAUUAGGAAGGAAGAUGAAAAAUUUCUUACAGAACUAAAGAAGGUUUUAAACAGUGUUAAUAUGACAACGAAUGAGUUCGAAUUAUUAUUUAGAAUAAAACGUAAUAGCAACAAUAAAUUUCAUCAGGAUGAAAUGAAAACUUUAGACUAA